AUGGCCUCCGCCUACCCCCCAUCGUCCGCCUCCUCCGCCCUCCCACACCGCAGCGCAGCCUUUAAAAGCCCCGUACCCACCUCGAAUGCGCCACAAGGUACUUUCCUCCCCGGAACGAAAGUCCAAGUCGGCAGCCACCGAGUCACAAUCGAGAAAUACCUCUCCGAAGGCGGCUUCGCCCAUGUCUACGUCGUGCGAGUGCCGCGGGAUGGCAACAAGCAUGAACUCGCCGUGCUGAAGCGGGUCGCUGUCCCGGACCGGGAGCAUUUGGCCAACAUGCGGACGGAGGUUGAAACGAUGAAGAAGGUCAAGGGACACAAGCACGUGGUUUUAUAUAUGGACUCGCAUGCGAGCCAGUUGAAGGGAGGGGGGUAUGAGGUCUUCUUGCUCAUGGAGUAUUGUGCCGGAGGUGGCUUGAUUGAUUUCAUGAACACGAGGCUACAACAUCGGUUGACGGAGCCGGAGAUCUUGAAGAUAUUUGGAGAUUGUGCUGAGGGGGUGGCUUGUAUGCAUUACUUGAAGCCUCCGUUGCUGCACCGCGAUUUGAAGGUGGAGAAUGUGCUUAUUGCCAAACAUGCGAGCUCUGGAUCGCCGGUGUACAAGAUUUGCGACUUUGGGAGUACGGCGCCGCCACGGCCGGCGGCGAAGACGCCAGAGGAGGGACGGCUGAUUGAGGAGGAUGUACAGAAACACACGACGAUGCAAUACCGAAGUCCGGAGAUGGUUGAUGUCUGGAGGAAGCAGCCGAUCGACGAGAAGUCGGAUAUCUGGGCGCUGGGGGUCUUGCUAUACAAGCUAUGCUACUACACGACGCCUUUCGAGGACCGGGGACAGAUGGCCAUCUUGAACGCGAGCUACAAAUACCCUCCACAGCCUGUCUUCUCGGAGAGACUGAAGAAGCUGAUAGCUUUGUUGUUGAAGGAGGACCCGAAGAACAGGCCCAAUAUCUACCAGGUCAUCAAGGAAGUGAGCAGCAUGCGCGGGACUGAGGUGCCGAUCAAGGACAUCUACGCCGGCCGGACGCAGUCAGAGGCGCGUAGGAAUGAAACUUUGCCUGGACCUGAGCCGCCUAUGUCUGUUGGGUUGCAGAAGGAGACACCGCAAGUCAAGGCGCAGAGCAUCCCAGACAUUGCACCUAUGAGACGAGGCAGGCCGAGUGCGCCGGCCACGCAAGCCGCAAAGGCCGCGUCUAAACCGAGUCCAUCACCUGCGAAGGGUGAUCCAUUUGCGGCAUUGGACUCGAAGAAUUAUGAAGUUCGAGCAGGAGCUGUGGAUGAGCUGUCCAAGCGAUUCCCUUCAGUGGAUGAAUUUGAUAUCGCCCACGACAAAGGCAGUCCGUUCCAGUUCUCGUCGAAGCCACCUGCACAACCCGCAGAUCUGAAGACACAAGCACUGAACGAGCGUGUUGCCAACGCUUUGGCCGACGAAGUUUUCAGCUCUACCAGCCCGAACCCUGCAGAUGUGCCCAAGUCGCAAUCAACCACACAGCUGCAGCCAAAAGCACUACCCCAAAAGUCUGCGAGCGUUAGCACGCGAGUGCGGGAGACCUCGCAACAGUCACCACUCAUGCACCAGCCGACCCCCAUCAAGCCUGCGAAGUAUACAUCAACUGGUGUUGGCUCUUCGCCACCAAACUCUGCCACCCAACGCCAAUUCCCGGAGAUCAGCAGCAAGCCUAUAUGGAAGGUGCCAGAUCAUCACCGUUCAUCAAGCCAGCCUCGAGCAUCAGACUCUGCGCAAGCUGCGGCCUCAUCGCUGAAGCCAAGUGCGCCUCCUACACAGCGGCCAGCACUGCUUGAUAUGCAUCGAUCAAAAUCGCAGACAGCUACCUUGACCGCAUCGAAGUCGCCAACCUCCUCUCGACCUUCGCUGGAAGGCCAUCGUCCAUCACAGAUGGAUCUUGGCGACGAAGGCCUGUCCCGCGCGAGAUCUGCGCAGUCGCGGCCACGUCCCACGAGCGUCUAUGUCAGUUCUAACUUGGACUACCUGCGGGACCAAGAAUCAUCGAAGAAGCGGCCUUCGAUGGAAGCGAGGCGGCAUAGCAGGCAAGGAUCUGUCACUCCCGCGAGGGAGGAGAAUGUGGUUGACGACAUGGAUUACCUCCGAAGUAACGAAGCAGAGGAGAAGAUCUCGAACCAUCGGAAGAUGAUUGGCGGUGGGCACAAGAAGCGUAGCAGUCUGGCUUCUAUAUCAGACGGCGCGAAGAGCAUGUUCGCCGGCAAGUUUGGCGACGCAUUCAAACGAUUCGAGCAUGUCGGUUCGCCUUCUGAGCAGCCUGCCGAGAAAGAGGUGAUGCAAGCCAACGACCUGCGACGGCCUGACGAAUAUGACCCGCCGAGAUUAUUGUCGCCUGUCCAAGGUUCAGAAGAUGCUCGAAGCAAAGCCUCGUACCCUUCAGACGUCGACUCCGACGCCCUCGACGAAACCGAGGACCUACCGCCCGACAUGCGACGAGAAAUGGAGCGCCGCCGCCUAAGCCAAGAAGAAAAGCGCGUAGCCGAAGCAGCAGCAGAGUACCGCGAGCGAGGUCCUGGCGCCGUACCCACCCGCGCCAGCACUAUCCAGAAACGUGUCCAAAGCUUACUCGACGAAGGCCGCCAAAGCCCCAUCCCCUCGAAACGCACCGCAGAAGGCUACGGCCGCUUCACCUCCACCUCCGAAGACGUCCCGGCCUCGACGUCACCAUCGAAAGCCGCUCCUCCGCCUCUCGCCAGGAAACCCAUGCCCAACACCGCAGGCUCCAAUAACCUGUAUCCCAAAACCCGACCACCGGCGUCAGACCCUCCAGCUCCCGUUCUGCCUAUCCCACCUGCCUCCGCGCCACCAACACAAACGCAGAUCUCGCCGUCGCAGCCUCAGCCUUUACGUGCAGUCUCCCGCCCUAGCGUACCGCCUAAAUCCUCCGCCCUUCGCACAGGAGGCGCAAAACCGCAAUGGCCGCCCCCUUCUUCUUCGUCGUCGUCGUCAGCACAGCAACAGACGGAGACGCCUGCGCCUGCGCCGCCCAAGCCGUCCGGAGCGCUCGCGGCGCUGUUGGCGAAGGAUUUGGAGGGGGUGCCUGAGUACCCUGGCCAAAACUCUAGUUCCGCGAACUUGACGAGGGGGGCCAGGGAGGAAGACGUGCCGGAUCUAAUGGACCUCAAAAGCGCGAGUGCGGCGGAAGAGGCGAGGGGGGAUGAGGAUGUGGAGGGCGAGUUUAGUAAGCGGUUCCCGAGUUUGAGCGGGAUUGAGAUGGUGGAGCGGGAGAUCGGUGGCUCCUCGAGCGGGGGUGGGAGGACGAUGAGGGAGAUUUAG